ACCACUCAGUCAGUUUGCAAGCGACGUUCGAUCGGGUUGGAGCUGGUUCCCUCGGUCUCGGUGUGACUUCCUUGGUGUGUGCGGUAUGCGGUGUGAAAAACGGCGGCGGUGAAAAGAAGAUACACGCGGGCGGAUGAUACCGGAUGUUGUGCUGCUGCUUUUCGGUCAUAAUACAGCAGCGGGGGAAGAAAGGUGUGUGGUGCAUAUUUGGUGCUGCUGGUGCAGUUGGUAAUAAUCAGGUGUGGGCUGUGAUCGCCGGUGAAGAAGAAAAGCCCCGAGAAAGUCCAUUGUUGGGCUUUUGAGAAUCGGCAAGAAUCGGUGGCGUGUGACGAGAAUUGAAAGCGCAGAUUUUAUGCAUCGCGUUCGUGUGUGGUGAGCGGAAGUCGUUUGAAUAGAAGAGCGGAUCGUUGCAUUGUUCCUAUUUUGCUUUUGUUUUGACACGGUUCCGCAGUUGUGUCAGCAUCAGCGGUGAUCAAGCGAUCGAGUUUUCGUGGGAGUAGUGGAUAUACAUGCAAGCAGCAGGAUAACACAAAGCGAGAAGGCGAAAAAAAAAGUCAAUAAGUGAAGUGGUUUGAGUGAUCGUCGGCAUUCGGAAUUUCGCUGCGUUCGUACAGGUGUGUGAUUGCCGCAAGUUUCUUGAAGUGGAUAAGUAGUGGUGUAGAACGAGUUGAAUCGGCGCCGCGAACAUGGGAAGCCCAAUCAACAAAAGGUUCGCUGGCAGUAAUAGUGGUGGUGGUGCUGGAGCUGUUAUGUUCACUAGCACUAAAGUCACAGCCACGGUGUGGCUGCUACUGACGAUGAUGAUCGCAACGGUAUCGUGCAGAACGCCGAUUUCAAUUACUCUGACAGAGUUCAUCGGCCAAGAUCCGGAGUUGUCACAGUUUUACGACCUCAUCGAGCGGAAUCCGAUUGCAUCGGCAGCCCUGAAGCUGCGAGCGGUGACUGUAUUUGCCCCGACGAAUCUAGCCUUCCAGCACUACACGGGCAACAAAACGGUGGUGCUGUAUCACAUAUCAACGGUUGCGACUCCGUUGGAGCAGAUGGGAUCCACGAUAACAUCGGACUACGACGGAAAUCCGCCGCUCUACGUGACCAGAAGAAAGCGCUGGGACUCCACCGAGGACAUCUACAUCAACAACGCCCGGAUCGACCGCGAGCGGUCCAACGUGCAGCUGACUAAUCAGCACGGGAAGAAACAGGUGCUGCACAUAAUCGAUGAAGUAUUGACACCCCUCACAGUCAAUCCAUCAACUUCGUUCGAACUGUACAACCCGGACGCCUUUCAGUUCAUCCAACAUGCCGAGAACCUGGACAUCAGUCAGCAUCGUAUUCGCUCCUUCCGGCAGAAGAUUGUGAUGGCUAAGAAAGAGGAGAUCUACAAGGCAGUCGGUGGGCACACCUUCCUUAUUCCGGUUGAGGAAGGAUUCAAGCCACCGCCGCGAACCGAUAUGAUCGAUCGCAAGGUGAUCGACGGACACGUGAUCCCGAAUCAUGUCAUAUUCACGGACCCCGCCCCGCUGGAGAAUCCGUUCGAAACUCUAGCGUUCGAGGACAAUCUGAAGGUGACGGCUACCUUCUUCCGACAGGGUGAGGGCAGAAAUUCCAAAGUCUAUGUCCGCUCGAACACGAUGAUCGGUGACUCGCGACACGCUUCAGGUGCCGUACUGGCCGAAAUCGUGAAGGCAAACAUUCCCGUCCGAAACGGAGUCGUUCAUCUGAUCCACCGGCCGUUGAUGGUCGUCGAUACGACGGUCCUGCAGUUCCUCGAGCAUUUCAAAAGCCACGAUUUCUACCCCUCCAAAGCGGGAAUAAGGGAGGUCGACGAACAAAUCGAUUCGUCCAGCAGCAGCGAAUCCGUGAAGGAGAAAGAGGACGGCCCGCUGUACAAGUUCUACGAGCUGAUAGCUGACUACGCACCGGAUUUCUUCCAAACCAUUUCCGAAACGACACAGAUUACCCUCUUCGCACCGAGCAACGAAGCGCUCAGCCAUCCGUUUGUGAUGAGUUUUAUCAGUAACUUAACCCAUAACAUGACUAGAGGUCUCGACGGAACUGACCAUUCAACGGGGAAUCGCGAAAAGAUGCGGGAUAUUCUCAAUCUACAUAUGGUCCGGGACAGUUUAACCACCGACAAGAUCCGCAAGAAUAGUCAGAAUCAGGUGUACCAGAUUCCUACCGGCGCGGACAAAAAGUUCCUGUACUUCAACGUCUUGUCCAACCGGUUCGAUCACAAACAAACGAUCACGGUCGAGGGCGGUGGCGUUAACGCGUCGGUUGUGCUCGGCGACAUCGCCGCCAUCAACGGGUAUCUGCACAUCAUCGACCGGGUGCUCGGGAUCCCGUACAUGACCGUCCAGGAGAAGAUCGCGACCGAUCCGAUGCUGAAUCUCACCCACCAAUUCGGACGCCUGAACCUGUUCAACGAGCAGCUGAACAAGACGACGAAACGAUUCACGUACUUCAUCCCUCGGAACAAGGCGUGGAUGCAAUGGUUCCAGGAACACCAACAUGCCAACCUGAACAGCUUCCUGACCGACAUCUAUCAGCCGAUGUCUGAGCCAGAAUAUUCCCGUCGAGAUAUUUCCGAGAACUUGGAGGUGGAGGUGAUACAACACCGGUCUCGCCAACUCGACAAAUUCUUCGUCCGUCAGAGUAUCUCGGGGGCAGUGAGCACAAAGCAGCAGCAGGCGGUUCCAAUCUGCAAGAAACUCAGUUCGAAAAUUUGCAUAAUAUCAUUCCAACCAACCAACGCUGCUGGUGGAAAGAAGCUCUAUGAAUCUCGAGCGGAAAGUUUUUCUCCCACUUUCUCGCGUCGUGGCGAAAGCAAUUUGCGCCCCUACCUCGCCAGGACGUCACAGGUUUUUGAUCUUCGUCCCUUGGGUAGCAAAUCUUAG